GUUUGGUAGUGCCACUACAAACCAGUGUCACAUCUAAAUCUUAACCUUUCUUAGUUCUGCUCUGCAUCAGUGAACACCAGGUCCAGUAAGGCUUCACCUUGGGUUGGUCCAUCUAAUACCUGGACCAGGAAGUUAUCCUCAGCAGACUCUGGGAAUCUGGAUCUGCUGCCUCCUGUGCUGCUGUCCCAGCAGAUAUCGGGGUGGUUGAAAUCCCCCAUCUGGACAAGAGCCCCUGUGAGCUGGGGCAUCUCUGCAGUUGGUGCAAGGCCCUGUCAAUGGUCUGACCCUGAGCAUGUGGCCUAUAGCAGACCCAACCACUGUAUGUUCUUUACUGGACCAGUGCCUUUGGUGGGGAGUUCCUCAUGCUGCUGAUAAAUCUUGCUGUGAAGAAGCAAGUGCCAUUUGUUCCUUACACUGAUAGAAACAUACAUUUAAAAAAGCUGCUCACCCAUGGUUUGAAUGUUGCAGUUUGAAGCUGUUCUUCGACCAGCUAGAGGGAUUGGGAAUGGUUGGAUACCUGGUAUGUCAUAGGCCGUUAGGUGUGAGACAUGUGGCUUGUGCCUGUAUUACUUUGUCACUGCUUUAUGUCUAAAAUCUCUUGAAGUCUCAGGUAUCUCAAAAGUCUCCUUAGAGGCAGAAGUAAGAAAUGCCAAAACAUAAAACAGGCCAGGAAUUUCUGCUCUCCCUGCCCAGCUGGAAAUGAGACAAGACUUGGUCAGUGUGACCAUUUCUAGUUAAGAUUCAACAUUAAACAGCUUAAGCUGACAUCUACCAUGGGAAGAGAAUGUAGCUCAGUAAUGACUACGUUGCUAUAGUGGUGACUAUGACAUCAGAACAGGUUCCGUCUUGGCUCCUAAGAGUCACACAGUUCAAUGUGUGUCCAUUGGUGCUGAGUUGUGCCAUCAACCAUGGAUAAUAGAAACUGAUCACAAGCUUACAGCAGGUCUGAGAUGUUCAUUCACCUUCAUUCGUAGUUGGAGAUGGUACAAAUUCCACAACAGAAGCUUCAGCAGAUUCAUCAUUUUGGGCCGACUUCUACCUGUCUAAAAAAAUGCCUGGUGAAUAAACCUGCACUGCUCUAUGGCUGGUCUGAGGAGGAAGAGGUGUAUCAGAACAGCCUGCAGCGUCCUGAGCAGCAGGAUGAAGACAAGGCGGAGGCACGCGUUCUUCCAUUCCAAGCUCUUAGAUGCUUACUGCAGUUACUCAGAGGACAGCUCAAACUCCACUAUCAAUGCCACUAGUGCUAAGCGUCGCAGAAGAGUUAAGUUUGUAGCAGAGCAGGACGUGCCAGAGGCUUUGGGAGAUGCCGUCCUCUCUGAAGAUGAGCAGUGUUUUCUCACACCUGGAAAGGCUGUCCUGCCUGAUACAGAGUACCACAGUGACAUCUAUAUGGCACCCGAAAGUGAUCUUAUAGCACCAGUGGAAACAAUCGCUGAGGAGAAAUCUGCUCUAUCAAUGUUCUUGGUGGAACCGUGUGAACCAUCUCAGAAAUGGGGAGCUGGUACAGAGGCCGUGUGGCCCCAGGAGACUGACUGCUCCUCACCCAUGGACAUUGAGCCUUGCGAACCUUCAGCAUUUCUGGAGAGCUCUGUUAUGGCUGCUCUGCUACCAGAGUGGGACAGCAACGUGUGUGAACAGAUAGCAGAUGUUUCCAGUUCUGCCAUGUACCACUGAAGAAACACCUUCCUGUCACCUAAACGAGGCAUGGCUGUAUUAAUAACAACCAUAACAACGCUUUGUCUUGUCUUUCAUGCACUCUGAAAGGUAUUUAUCCAAGCUUCCUUUGAGCAGUGUUGAGGUUGUAUCAUAGAAUUAAGGCUUCAAAAUCACAACAUCCCAUAUCUGCCAUAGAGCUCAGGCAGUGCCUUCUGUUCUGCUUGUGAGAGCACAAGUUACACUUCUUGAUGGCACAACCAAGCAACAUUGCUGCAAUUCCAGGGCCAGAAUGUUAAGAAACGACUCUGGGAAACAAAGCCAAAUGUUGGGGUUAUUGCACAAGGCAAAUCCCUGGUGGAGGGUCAUGCCAGUUCAGCAAAGACAUUCUUUGCAGAUACUGAUUUAGGCACUUAGCACUGUCAGCAUGUACUGUAACACGAGUUACCAGGUGUGUGUGUGCAGUCUGAAAUUAGAUCCAGAGCAGCAGAUGGUACAGAGUGCAGCAUUCAUGGAAUGGUGACAUGAGAACUGAGUUUUCUUGCUUGGUUUUCAAUGACCUCCUGUUGCUUCAUAUCCUCAUGCUGCUUUUGCCUCUGCAGGACAGGUGGAUUUGGGGAUCCACAGAACUUCAGUAUGUUGAGAUAGGAGCAAGGUGCAUCUGUCCUGUGUUGUUGCCCGAACACUGAUGUCCUCUUGAAGUCCUUCAGGAUCCCACAAACCCCUGCCAACAUGGGUGACCGCUGUAAUUUUAAGAUGAAAACCCUUCAUAUUUAGGCUGUUGGUAACAGCACUGACCAUGACUCCAACCUGAAUACAAACAUUUCACCUGGAGCUUUUCUGUCUCUGCAGAGUAUAUGUAUUAAGCUCAACGUGCAGUAAUUUGUUGAAGGACUGUGGAUGCUCCUGACGUAAAUGGAUUUUGGACCUGGUACACAGGGACUAUUUAGUAGAUUGCUCCCUAUUGCAAGUGAAAUAGAAGCACUUUCACAAUAAUGUGCUCAUAUUGUGAGGUUUAAAAAUGUUCUAUACCUGGAAGGCAUGAUUUUAAUGUCUCAGUUUCACCUGUAGCAAUUCUGAGUCCUACCUGGUAGGGACUGACUGCUAACAGCUGUUGUUCAUUGAACAUCAGCAGCUGAUUUGGGGCAGGCCUGUGUGGGACUGUGAGCCGUGUGAGUGGAUGAAAGGUGAUGGCUAAUUGAACUCAUUGAAGUCAGCUGCUGCUACCAGCACUGAGUGUCUCUCAGAGCCUGCUUCAGUGGUGGGAGGGCUGCAGGAGCCUUUCCUGUUCUCUGUUGUGAAAGCCCUUUCCUGACAGAAGGAAAUAACUGUUGGACGGCCUGCGCAGAUGAGCAGUUUUCACAUGGAUGAAGCUGAGCAGGGAGGCAGGUGUGAGCAGGGGCCCUGCAGUCCGGGCACAUCGAGCUGCGGUGGGAUGGCCCUGAUGGAGAGGAGGCAGCGGCAGAGGAGGCAGCGGCGGGUGGGACGGUCCACAGAGGGCCUGGGUGAAGAUGCUCUGGAAAUGAUGGGUUCUGUUCAAAGCUCGGACUGCAUAGAAAGGCUGGCACAUAAAUACAUGCAGAAGUGUGUGGUGGAGUCAAGCACGGAGUCAGAGUCUGAAUCCAGCGUGGAGCAGGUCUUGCAUAACCCACUUGCUGAAGGACUCAGGAAGGCAAGGGACUCCAAGGGGCUGCAAUUCCUAGAUCCUUAUGAUGGUGAUUCAGAAGACACAUCCAAUCACUCUGAUUGUAGCCUGAGCUCGCUGAAUAGUACAGGAGUUGCACCGUGGAUGAGCAGUGCUCCAAAAGCGAUGGCUGUGGAGGAUGCUGAUCCUCUGGGGAAUGGAGAGUCCGUCCCUCAGCAUCUGGCCUGGCUCUGCUCAGAGACAAAGAUCAGUGAUGUUCACAGCCAGAGGGUAAAUGAUGCUAAAUUACCCCUCAAACUGCCUUGCCAGCAGAAGGAUCUCCCAAGCAGCCUGCUGCAGUGCUCUGAGCUGACCAGAGACAUGGAAGCAUUUCCCUCCACGUGGCUGAUGCUUGACCCUUCCUUACUGGUGGGUGUUAAUCCUUCAGCCCCUGCUCAUCUCCUUGCAAGUACAGGUGACAGUUCUCCACAACCCACGGUAGCAGAUAACUGUGAUGGUACCACUUCGAGGCAACCACUUAUUAAAAGAAAACAAGGGAUCACUGUUUCAGAGAGCACUGGUGAAAAGCUACGAAGAAAGAAAAUCCGUGCCAUCUGAGCUAAGGUAUUAAUAAGCAGCUGGACCAAGUGCUUCAUUCUAAAAGCAAACCUGCUAGGUUUCUUUUGCAGGCAGCACCUGAACCAGCUUCAAAUGAUGAUACAAACACAGCUGAACUGUGUGCUGCAGGCACUGAGAUCCAUCUUCAAAGGAUGGAACCAACUAAACAAGCUUGUGUGGCAAUUUAGAUGAGAAUUAGCUAUAAGCUGUGUCCAGACUCAGCUGAAAUUGAUGCCUGUGUGAUACUUCAGUGUCUGGGCACCAGAUUCCUGUGUGCUGUGUCUGGAGACACCUGUUCAGCUUUGGGGUAAUUUCAAGUAAGUAUUACAAGGGUAUUUGAGGAGGGAAGGAAGAAUGACUGAACAGCACUUGAUUUUACAUAGCUGUUGCUCUUUGUCUCAUCUGCUGUAUGGCAAAUGAGCAGGUUUGGCUAUAAACACUGAAUUGUAUGUGAAGGCAACCAAUUUUUUUUUUCCCUUUGAUCAGAGAGAAGUUGACUUGUGCUGUUACCAUACUUGUCCCUGUCUGAACACUGUUUCAGGUAUAACUUGUAUAUAUUCUCAGUAUGUCUGCCAGUUUAGAACUUAGAAUGUGAAGCUGAAGCCGUUAACUGGCAGUAAUCAUCCUUAGUAAGAACCAUGAUUUAUGCUCAGUCAGCCAGCAAGAACUCUCUCAUCUCCCUCCUUAAUGAUGACCUUCCUGUAUUUUUCUUCCCAUAUAAAUGGACUACAGCCACAGAAGUAUAAUUGUCUGAAAUUUGUUGGUAUCAAAGCUGUGAGGGCAUUCAUUCUCCAUGACUGGCACAGAAUAACUUGCUAUCAGACUUCAUAGCAGAUGAUGUCAGGCCUUGUGUCUUAUUGCACUGGGGGCUUCAGUUACAGGAUUAGCUGAGGGAGCUGUGUGAGGGUCAGCGCUGUGCCUGAAUACAGAGUUACUGUUAUUCUCUGGAAAGACUGUAGAUAGAAUUUUCCAGAUGAAAGUCACCAUAAUAAUUCCAGGAAGUCAGAAAUCUUGCUAUAGAUUUUAUUUCCUGUAAUAUUACCAGCAAAUAAAUGCCUGUUAAUAACCA